AGCACCGCAUUUGUUCAAACUGGCAUGCCGAACUUCAACUCCCACAAUCCUUUGCGGCGAACUUGACCGGCUGGUAGCCUCUGGUCAGUUCGUCGGAUCCUCCCAGACAAACCCGGAACGGCUCACAUCACAUCUUAUCACUCUGUUGUUUUGGGAAACAGGACAGGUGACUCAGAAACUCAGAUAGCUUGUGCGGAGCAGGGAGGGUGAUUGUCAGCCAUGGAGCGUCUCAUGGGAGGAGGAGUGCUUCAGCUGCUUCUAGCAAGUGCGGGGGUCUUGCUGCUUUACCGGAUACUCGUCCGCCUCAGACCAGGAGCUCCUCUGAAGGACGCUGUGGUGGUCAUCACGGGGGCGAGCUCUGGACUGGGGAAAGAGUGUGCACGGGUCUUUCAUGCUGCGGGCGCGAGGCUCGUGCUGUGUGGACGAGAUGCAGCCCGUCUGGAGAAGGUGGUCCAGGAGCUUACAGCGAGUUCAACAGGUUCACAAAAGCAGACUUACACUCCCAGCACCGUCAUCUUUGACCUGGCUGACACGGACACGGUGGACAGAGCUGCAGAGGAGAUCCUGAAAUGUUACGGACAAGUGGAUGUCCUCAUUAAUAAUGCUGGAAUCAGUUACCGUGGCAACAUACUGGAUACCCACAUUUCAGUUCACCGGGAUGUUAUGGAAACAAAUUACUUUGGGCCCAUUGCUCUUACUCAAGCUCUUCUGCCCUCCAUGAUUCGCCGGCGCAGUGGCCACAUCGUUGUCAUUAGCAGUGUCCAGGGCAAGAUAGCCAUUCCUUACAGAUCAUCUUAUGCAGCCUCUAAACACGCCACCCAGGCCUACUUUGACUGUCUACGGGCAGAGAUCGACCGCCACGGGAUUGCAGUGACUGUGAUCAGUCCUGGGUACAUCCGAACCAACCUGUCAGUCAACGCUGUCACAGGGGAUGGCUCUAAGUAUGGAGUUUUGGAUAAAAACACAGCAAUGGGUCGGGACCCCUCGGAUGUGGCUCAGGCGGUUUUGAAGGCUGUGCGUCAGGGGAGCAAAGAUGUUGUUCUGGUGGGACCUCUGCCCUAUCUGGCCAUCUACCUCCGCACACUGUGGCCUGCACUCUUUUUCAAACUCAUGUCUUCCCGUGCUCGCAAAGAGCAGAAACCUAAAGACGAGUGAUGCAGCAGCAAAGGCCUAGAGGCUCGCAACAGGAGCAUGUUGGAGGCAUGUGGACCAAAACAUAACAUGACUGCUUCACAUGGAGGCCAAAUGGACAGGAGAUGUAAAUCUCUUCAGUAACACAUUACCUGUUUGCUGUGUUACCUGUCUAACAUCUGAAACAAGCCAGAGACCUGUGUGUGGUGAGAGGAAUUAAGGUUUAAAAGUGGCAUUUGAAUGUCUUUUACUGACAAGACUCAAAGCUGUGCUGUCGUGAGCAUGAUGCCAUUUUUCAAAUCGACUCUGGACAUGGAUUUGUUAUGCAAAUAAAAUGUUUAAGCUGUUA